AUGAGGGAAGAGGAGAAGCUAGUGGAGAUCAGGAAGGGAAGGGAAGGGAAAAGGAAAGAGAUAGGAUCUGAUAGCGGCAUGAUUGAGGGAACCAUUGUAGAGCUUGCAAAGAUGGCGUCCAUGACACCCAAAGAGAUGUUUUUGGGUGCCAUGGAUCAGGUAGACAAGGUCUUGGAGAACGUCUACUUCAACUGGCUCUUGCUCGGAGCAACAUCCUUUCAUAUGAUUUUGCAGAGCAUGAGGUUCCUUUCUCAAGAUCCUCUUUCUUCUAUCUCUGCCCUUCAGGACAAGUUCGACUACUACAUGAUAUGGGUGUACACGGGGAUUAUGUGCCUUCGCAUCUGGGGCAAGGGGUUGAUCUUGCAUCCCACAAGUUUCCUGAGGACAGGGUGGUGUUACCUGGACCUGUUGGUCGUGGUCUGUGCCUGGCUAGAUCGUGUGUACCAUUUUGGAAAUGUCAUGUUCUUCAUGGUUCUGAGAAUCCUGAAGCUUGCAGCGGAGUCAAACCUCGUGCUGUUCUCUCCGCUGAGGGUGAUCACUCGGACGCUGCUGAUCGGCAUCCCGAGGGUGAUGGUUGUCUUCGGUAUCCUCUUGUUCGCCAUGGUUUUCUUUGGCAUCCUGGCAGUAUCCCUCAUCGGCAACACCGGAGACUUUCACAACCGGUGCGGCAUCUCUUUCUGCCAGCAAGUGGACGCGACAGGGAAGUGUCUAUUGGAGUCAUGGCAGGCCAUCGUCCCCGCGUACAUCUGCCGCCAGGACAAGGAUCCCAUCGCCAACCCGCAGGGAACCUGUCCUCCGACCCUCGUCGGCAGCCCCAUGAAGCUCAACUCGCCUGCUACCAACACUGAGUCUGUUGGAUCAGUGCUGGAGGCGACCAAGUCAACUGUGCGAUGUCUGGGCCCGGACCUGCAGCUGGGAAAGCUUGACCAGGAAACGUUUGCAAGGUUUGAGGGGUUUCCUCCCUUCACUGAAUACGUUCCUGUCAACUACACCCAGUGGCCGGCAGUGACAGAUCUGAACUGGGACAGUUUGAAAGCUGCGUCCAUCCCGAUGUUCGCGACCUUUUACAAGACCGCCUGGGUUCAGUUCUCGGACUACUCCAGUCAAAGCACGAGUGGAUUCAUCGUGAUCGCCUUCAUCGGGCUCAUCAUUCUCAUCUCAUACUACCUGCUCAACCUUACCAUCGCGAUCAUGAACCUUAACUUCUCCGAUGAGAUGACCAAGGAGAAUGCCUUCCUUGAAGCAUCCAAGUCCUCAGAACCGCAAGAGGGAGGAGCAGACGACGAUGACGGGGAGGAGGAGGAGGAGGAUGAUGAUGAUGACGAGCAGGAUUUGACUAACUUAUCGGGACCUCGGCAGGAUCUCCUCGCCGCCUACAGCGGCGACGAGUAUCCAUGCUGCGGCUAUGCCUCGUUUCCCAUCUACUACCUUGAGGGACCGAUAGGGGCAGGGCUUGAUGCUGCCGGGAAUUUCAUAGCUGGGAAGAUCAAAAUCCUUGGGAAGAUCAAGGGCCCAGUGUACUCGGCCAAGCUCGCUGUCUGGAGCUGCUUCAGGACUUGCUGCGCGAGCUUCAACAAGUUCUCCAUCUACCUCGUCAUCCCCGAGGCCGAAGGCCUGCAGACUCCCUUCAUCAAGAUCUGCUACAUCCUCAUGUUCGCCUACCUCUGCACCCUCGCGGCCCAGAACGACACGAUCAACCAGUACAAGUGCGGGUGCAAGCAGAUUGACGACUUGUCACUUGCCGAUCGAUGCGCCAUCGGCCCUAAGACUAUCCCGAGCAUGACAGCUGCUGCUGCUGACUGGACAAGUCGGAGGACAUCGUGGUGCAACUACAGCACCAUGUUGCACUACGUGAUGCUGGGAUGGGCCGGCUUCUUCCUGUUUGAGACCAUCGUGACCUAUGUCGGGCACCAGGCACGUGAAGCAUCAGGUGGUUGGGAGGAUGACAGUCGUUGGCAGGGGCCGAUGAAUUUCCUUACGGUGAAGAGAAAAGUUCCGGAGAAGAAAGGAUCGAAGAAGAUGGUCGACAAGACAUAUCCCAACGUGACCAACAUCUUGGAUGCGGUUUGCAAUCUUGUUACCGUCAUCGGCAUCUUGUUGACAGAACUCAACACAAAAACACAAAUCUUCGACGCCAACAUUUCGCUCUUCUGGCGUACGGGGGACCCCGCGGGCUUCAAACUUUUCUCACCCACAGGCCCGCGGGUCCUCAAGUUCGUCAGGCUCGCCAUCGUCAUCAAGUUCUUCUACCACUUGAUCUUCGCCGUCCAGUCCAUCCCCAUCGUCGCCAUCAUCCUCCGUGGCUUCCGCGGGAGCAUGAAGAUCGUGGUCGCCGGCAUCCAGCUUUUCAUCCUGGUCUGGUUCUUCAUGUUGCUGGGGAGGGAGAUCUUCCUCUACUACGGGCCGGACGAGGGCUGCAACCAGUGCCUUGCCUGCGAGUACAAGGACGCGACUAGAACUUGCGUCGACCAGUGCUCGGGGGCACCCUACAAGGGAUGCUCGACGUACAAGACUGAGGGGGACUGCAACCUGAACAUCUGCAAGUGGGCGAACGCGUCGUCCGCCUGCAAGUUCGACAGGUCCAAGGGAGGAGUCUGCAGGUCCAACCAGGCGAGCACUCACUUCUCCAGCACCUUCUCCUUCGACACCAACGUCAACGGCCUCCUCCUCCUGUCAGAGAUCGUGAUCGGGUCGAAUUGGUACGACAACACAGUCGCAGGCGUGCAGAGCCUCGGGUAUGGUGGUUUGGUCUUCUUCAUCAUCUUCUUCUACAUCGCCAACUAUCAGUUCUUGAGAAUCUUUGUGUGCAUCAUCACCAACAACUACGAGCUGAAGGAGGAGGAGAAGUUCAUAGCGCAGCAGAUCCUCUUGGACCACAAGUUUCAUGACAUCUCCAAGAAGAGGGUGAGGAACGCGGAGGAGAAAGAGUUCAUGGAGGGGAACUACGAGAGAUUCUCCUUCAACCACUUCUACGAGCGGCUGCUUCGCGGUGCCCAGAUCUCGUUGCGAGAGAUCGAAGCCGCCAAGGAAGGAGAGUCGAUGGACUACCUCAGCUCGGAGAGAGAGAAGAAAAGCUUUUUCUCCCUCUUCUUCUCGAGCAAGAAGAAGGAAGAUGUCGUGGACGGAGGCGAGCUCUUGGAUGGCAUCCGGCGAGUCGAUGGGAUCGAGGAGGACUCGGAGGACGAGGAGGAGGAUCCUAACAUCGUGUACUACACUCAGAGUAUGAUAGUAACCCGACUGUCGAUCAACAAGUACGGCAAGUUGGAUGGGGGAAUCGACAUCGACGAGGCUCCGAGCUUGCUGGAGAUCGCGAUUAGCUACGUGCACAAGCUUGCUUUCUCUCCGUACUUUAUUAUGAUUACCUUCAUUGUCAUCAUCGCGAGUGUGGUGACUGCAAUGAUGUCAUGGCAAGGCAACACGGACACGGAGUAUCUACUCAGCCUCUUGUUCCUGGCCUUCUUUGUCUUCGAGAUGGCAGUGAAGAUGAUAGCGCUGGGCAUGAACGGAUACUUCAAGGACGGCUGGUGCAGGCUCGACUUUCUCCUCGUUGUCCUUCAAAUCCUGGACGUCGUUGAGAACUCCUUUCACUUUGUCUUCAAGGAAGGAGAUCCCAAGAGCGCGAUCCUCAAGGGCUUCCGCGCCCUCCGACUUGCCCGCCUCAUCGCCGUCAUCCGCAAGCUCCCGGCCACCGGCACGCAGAUCGACAGCAUCGUGGUGGGGGUGGACACGAUCAUUCAGGCGCUCGGCGCGAGCAUGCCGGCAAUCCUGACCCUCGUCGUCGCACUCGCUCUCUUCAUGCUCAUCUUCGCCAUCAUCGCCAUGGAUCAGUUCGCCGGCUUGUUCUACGCCUGCGAUGAGACGGGAGGGGGCCCGGCGUUCGACAUCCCUCAGUUCGGCGCUCUUCGCAACAAGACCCAGUGCGUUGGCAUGAGCCUGCGGGCCCCUACGGCCUACGCGGACAACAACGAGUGGCACGACGGCAUCACGUCCUCCUUGUUCUCCUUCCCUGCUCCUCGUACCUGGUCGACUAACUCCCUCAUCCGCAACCAGUUCACUUUCCAGGACAUCGGGGACUCCUACUACACACUCUUCAACCUCCUCCUCCGCUCCAACAUCGGCCCGACUGUUCAGAUCCUUGCUAGCAUGACUAACAGGGAUCAGGCGCCUGUGGAGCUUCAUAGCGUUCCUAGCGUCCUCUACGUGAUCAUCUUCCAGAUCCUGCUGGGUAUCUUCAUCGGGCAGGUCGUGAUCGGAGUCAUCCUGUCCUACCUUCGCAUCAAGAGCGGCAUCGCCUUCUACACAGCCGACCAGCUGUCAUGGCCGGCGACCAAGAAGGCCAUCAGGUCGAUCCCUUCCGUCUUCGGCGACACCUCGGACGUGAAGGAGCCGGAGGAGGAGAACAAGUUCCUGCUGGUGCUCAAGACGAUCCAGUACAAGUGCCUCCUCCUCAUCACCCAUUGGAAGUUCAUCCUCUUCAUGGACCUCAUCGUCCUCCUCAGCUGCGCGACCAUCGCCACGACUCACUUCGGGGCCUCGCGGCAGCACACGGAGAUCACAUGGUACAUCAACCUGGCCUGCCUCAUCCUCUUCAUCCUCGAGGCCUUUGUCAAGAUCAUCGCCAUAGGGCCCAUCGGCUACUUCAGGAACCCUUCCACCUGCUUCGACUUCCUCAUCACUCUCGUGGGAGUGCUCGAGCUCAUCGUCCUCCCUCGCUACGGGCUCGAGCUCGGCCUCGGCUCCCUCAGGCAGUUCCGUCUGAUCCGCAUCGGCAACAGGUCCCAGGUCUUCGUCACGAUGCUCCAGUCCAUCGCCGCGAGCUUCCCGCAGUUCUUCGCCGUCGUCCUCCUCCUCGCCAUGCUCAUCUUCAUCUUCGGCGCCAUCGGUACGACGCUCUUCCCCGGCCUUCGCUACGGCAUCGCCAACCGGCCAUGGUCGGGGACUGACAACCUCGUCUCCACCAUGGUCCUCCUCUUCACUUUCUCCUCUGGCGCUGGCGGCCCAGACCCCAAGACUACAUGGGGAGACAUCGUGGUGGACGCGAGCAUAGCAGCUCCCUACUGCACACCCUUCUCCUGGCUGCCUAACGGAGAUGUAGACAGUCCCAUGGGAUGGUACUCAGGAGCAGGAGGGGCGCAGAUUGCUAUAGCGGACUGCGGGAGCAGAACGAUAGCCACCAUCUUCUUCUUCAUCUUCUGCUUUAUCUGCAACUACAUCAUCCUUCCGUCCUUCGUUGCCUCCGUGAUCAACUCCUACUACGAGGCCAACCUCGACAAGUACUCGUUGAUCUCCAAGGAAGAACUGCUCAAGUACAGGAAGUGCUGGAUCAGCCUGAUGGACAAGACGACGGGCUACCUCAAGGUCCCAGACGCGCAGAAAGACAAGUUCAUCACCCUGCUGAUGAGCCUCGAGAGCGAGGAUUGCUCGCUCGGUUUCAGCAUGGACGACAAGAAGAAGUUUGAUAUUGCAAUGAGGUACAUCAAAGACAAGAAAGUGCUCGAGAUCAAGGAGACAGCCGCGAUCUUGUUCUCCGUGAGAGAGAAGUGCCGGCCAGUCACGAUUGUCGACCAUCUGCUCAGACAGAAGGCCCUCGCCCUGCUGAUGUCUCGAGGAGGGAACAAACUUCCGAAGCGACAGAAAGCGAUCGCCGGCAAGCUGCAUGCAAGCCUGGGGCUACCGCCAAGCUACUUCGAAGCAGCGCUUUCGGGCAAGAAGACGAAAGUCAAGAAGAACAACAUCAUCUACUCUUAUAACAUCUUCGUCAUGAUCGACCAACUGGCGAAUCUCGAUGAUGAGGCCAAGAUGCUGGAUCCGAAAGCGGCCAACACCCUCAAGCUGCUGGUGGAACAGAACGAUGAAGAUCUCUUCACAUACUUUGAGGAGUUCGUGGAGGCCUCGGGGGAGGACCUGGAGGAGAAGGACAAGAGAUACUACAACCUGCUCGCCUUCGCGCAGAGGGCGAAGGAGAUUGCAAGUCGUUCCAUGCAGAUGGAGAAGAAGAUGGAUCUCCAGGCAACUUCCGGUGAGGGCUCGGAAGCGGAGGACCUCGGACCGGACGAGGACGAGGACGGCGAGGAUAGGAAGCAGGCGGCGCUGGCAACGGACUUGAAGUUUGCUUCAGAGGUUCCUAAGGACGGGGAGGAUCUGGGCAAAGCGGACAUUCUGCCUACAGAGCAAGAGGUCAUUGACCUGACCAACUGGAAGGCCUGCGAGGAGUGCGGCGAGCCGGUGGAGAUCGACUGGGACGUCUGCCCCCAGUGCAACGCUGCUGUGCGCUAG